AUGCCAGAGUCUCGUUCGUUAUCGGAAUUAACCAGACAAAUCGCUCCACCAACUAAGAACGGCCAUGCACCACCACCCACAGAAUCGAGAAAGAGCUAUCAAUCUGUCAAUCCUUUCCGUGUCCGGGCCGGGAUCAACCAGGUAGCCGCGCUGGGGGUUUUCUCGGGCCCCGGAGGACCCGCGCGGGGCCUCCUCUUCCCCCGCCGCCGGGAGAGAGAGGGGCUCGCGGCGCGGCACGGAGGCGGGCCCGCCGUCGCCCCCCGCGGGACGCGGCGCGGCCGGGAAUCUCGGAAGCCGGAGAAGGCGGCACCCCGGAGGCGGGCGGGGAAGGGCGUCGUGGCGCACCGCGGCCCGGACCCGCGCCAGCGCCCCCGGCGCUCGCGGGCCGCUGAGCCCCCCCGCCCGUCGGUCGGGCGGGGCGGGCGGUCGGCCGGCUCCUUUCGGAAGAGCGGGGCCGAGGCGGGCGGACCGUCGGGGGCGGACCCCGUCGGAGCCCCGUUGGCGGGUCGGGUCGCGCGCACAAGGGCGGAGGGAGAGGCGGCCGCUCCGCCUGAACACCGGCCUGGCGGCCGGCCCGCGGAGGGCCCUCUCCGACGCGACCGCGGGAGCCCGAAUCGAUCGGCGACCACAGCGAGCGCGGGUCCGUCCCCGCCGCGGGGUCGGUCCCACCCUCCGCCCGCCGGGAAAGGCAGCCGCGGCUGCGGGCGGGAGGGGCCGCUCGGAGGCUCUCGGGUCCCGGAGCCGGGGGUCCGCCUGCCGCGGGAGGACCCCCGCCUCCCCUUCUGCCCGGCCGGAGGCACGCGUGGGGGCGGGGGGAGUGCCGGGAAAAGGGAAGGCCGCUCGCCGCUCCUCCGCCGGGACCGGUCGCCGGCGCCCGUCUCGCCCCAGUCGGCGGGUCGCGCCUGGCCGGGGAAGCGGGGUAGUCCGGGUCUCAGCCGACGGAGGGGUCCUGAAAAGCCUGUCGCCAGAAAUCUCCGCACGACGUUUCGCCGGCGGUCCCGGGCCGCCCGCCCGGCGGACGACCGGCAGACGGCUCCGCAGAGCGACCGACCUCGUGGAACUCCUCGCCGGGCUGCCUCGGCGAAUCUACCCCGCCGCCGACUUCCGAGGACCGCCCCGAGACUCGGCGCGCCUCCGUUUCCCUCGGUCCCGGCCGAGGGGCCGGUCGACCGGGGUUCGGUCUACCUCGAAGAGGCUCGGGCUCUCGGGCCCUUCCUCUCCGGAAGGGGCGAAGGUCGCGGGCGAUGGAGAACGGCCGGCGCCCCGCAGCGAGGGUCGGUCUACCGCUCGAGCGUCGGGGAGGGGGCGGCCCCUUCCGAGUCCGCCGUCCGUGAAGGUCCCCGGGGCCCCGCCGGCUCGGCGUUCCUCGGGCCGGGGCUCCCCGAACCCGUCGGAGCGCCUCCCCGUCUCCCGGCGAGCCGGGGGGCCCGGUCCACCUUCUCGCGCCCGGGACGGGGGGCCGGUCGACCGACGGCCGGUCUACCCGAAAGCGAGAGCUCGGGUGAACCGGAGGGAGACGAUCGCCUGGGCUUCCACGGGCGCCGGGGGAGGGGGGUGACUCUUAAGGGAAACCCCUCGGAUCCCACCUCUGAGGGCGGCCUUGCCCACGUUCCAGUUCUCCGCUGUCCAAUCGAGCCUAGAAUCGCAGACUCGGGAGGGGCCCACGAGGCCAUCGAGUCCAACCGCCCGCUCGGGGCGGGAAUCCACCCUAAAGCGUCCCUGACCGGCCGACUUCCCAGGACCGACCGGAGGCCCGGGCUACCCGGGAGACUCCGGCUGCCCCGGCCGCGACCGGGCGCUUCAGAGGCAGGCUCCUUUCGGGGGACGUGGCGCGCCUACGUUGCCCUCGGUCCCGGCGGAGGGCCGGUCGACAGGAGGCCGGUCUACCUCGGAGAGGCUAAGGCUCGCGGGCCCUUCCUCUACGAGAGGGGCGCGGACGGUGGAAGCCCGCUCCGGCGCGAGGGUCGGUCUACCGCUCGAGCGUCGGGGAGGGGGCGGCCCCUUCCGAGUCUGCUGUCGGGCCCCGUCGUCUCAGCGUUCCACGGGCCGAGGGGGGGGGCGCUCGUUUUCUCGCCCUACCGACUCGUCGUUCUUGGCGCGCCCAGGUUCCCUCCCGCACGUAGGUUUCCCGCGGUCCCGGCGGAGGGCCGGUCGACCCGGGGCCGGUCUACCUCGAAGAGGCUUAGGCUCUCGGGCCCUUCCUCUCCGAAAGGGGCGAAGGAGUCCCACGUCUUUUUGGGGAACUCCGUCCGCUUCGCUCCUCUCCCGCCUACGGUCCGGCCUCUGGAAUUGGCAGAGGACACCCAACGGGGCGGCGCUCCGACUGAGCCGCCUUUGGAUCGCUGCGGGCUCGCUCUCCCGGGCCACCCGACGGGCUUCGAGGCCUAG